GAAGAUCGAACAUGCGUGUGAUGGCUUGAGAAGUUCGGAUUUUCUCUUCGAUUUAUUGUGUCGUUCUUUCGGUCCUUUCGUUGCAUCGAGUUUCAAGAUGCCUAUCCCAACACAAGCUAAAAUUGUUAAAAAGGGCAGUGCAGGCCCUGAUCAGUUUGAGUUGUCAAUUGCCCAAGCUCUUCUGGAAUUGGAAAACAAUAGUGACUUAAAAGCUCAACUCCGCGAGUUGUACAUUACAAAAGCUAAAGAAAUUGAGCUCUUAGGCAAAAAGAGUAUUAUUAUUUAUGUACCAAUGCCACAAAGAUCACAGUUCCAAAAAAUUCAAGCUCGUCUUGUUAGAGAAUUGGAAAAGAAAUUCAGUGGUAAGCAUGUUGUAUUCAUUGGUGACCGAAAAAUAUUGCCCAAACCAACAAGGAAAACUCGUACCCAAAACAAACAAAAACGCCCCAGAAGCCGUACAUUAACGUGGGUCUAUGAUGCUAUUUUGGAUGAUUUGGUGUUUCCCGCUGAAAUUGUUGGCAAACGCAUUCGUGUAAAAUUGGACGGUAAACAAGUCAUGAAAGUACAUUUGGACAAAACUCAGCAAACAAACAUUGAACAUAAGGUGGAUACAUUCGCUUCAGUGUACAGAAAGUUGACUGGUAGGGAAGUGACUUUCGAAUUUCCUGAACCAUAUUUAUAAAUCCUUAUUUUUAUCUAAUAAAAACGUGAUUUUACGACU